UCCCUGGUAGAGUGUUUUUGUUUGUGUUUGGGAUUGUUGUGUUUUUUUAAUUUUCGCGUUUAAAAGUUAGUUAAAGUGCGGUAAACAGUGCCAUGGAACUGCCAAAAGAGUUGUCCAUCGCCGAGAUACGAAAUUACAUGCUGGCGAAUGACUGCAAAGUCACAAAUCAUGCUCUAGUGAAGCACUUCAAGAAAUUUCUCACGCAUCCGCAAACGCAAAAUGAGGCUCGCAAGCGGUUUAAGACCUAUGUGACGCUGCUCUCCACGAUCAAAAACGAAAACGGCCAGAAGUUUCUGAUACUCCGAAAGAAAUAUGUGAACGAAUGUCCCACCGAGGACGCAGUGGAGCGGGCUGUGGCCGCAGCAGCGAAUUCCGCAGAGCCAUCAAGUCCUGGCGGGGCGUCCCUGAACCUGGAGGCCAGCUUCUCGGCCUCCCCUCUCAGGCAGCCACCUCCCUACAAGCCACCGCCCAUGGUCACCUCUCCCAUGGCAGCUGCUCCCGUCACUGGACUCACAGUGAGCGAGGAGCACCAGGAGAACUACAAGGACUGUGUCCAAGAGUUUGCUGCAGCUAUUCAGCGCAUCGAUCCCAAACGACUUGAGAAGCAACCAGAGCCGGAGGAGUCCACCAGACCGCCACCCACUAGCGCCUCUCGAUCGAAUUCCGUGGACGAGACAGCCAAUAAGGAGAACAUACCACGGUUCUCCUUCUCCUCGGGUGCCUCAACGGACAGCAGCUCCGCCGGAGAGAAGUCGGAAGGCACCACACCCGAGACCGACACACCGGAGAAUGCCAUCAUCAGUGUUAAGGAGGCCACGAGAAAGUUCAACCGGAUGGCAUCCGAAGAAGAGGCUAAAAUAAUAUCGCCGCCAGCCAAGAAGAAGCCAGAGAAGCAAUUAAUCGAGGAAAAGGAUUCGCCCGAAGUGUCGCUGUCGCAUCCCAAGGCUAAGGAGUGGAUCGUCUCGAUGGCGAAGGCUAAUUACCAGGAGUUGGCCAAGCUGGCCAACGAUCAUCCCGAGCUCGUUAAGCUCCAGGAUCCAGCCACGGUAAGUUGGUAGAAUGAACAAGAACACCCAAUAAGGUUUA